UGCUGGGUGGCCUUAAAUCCGCCACGAUCGAAGCUUCGGUCCAUGAGCGCCUUGGACUACAUGAGACGAGGCUCCGCGGGUACUCACUUUCCAUGAACCACGAUCUUCAACGCCUGCCACUCGCACGUCAAGACAUACUGGCCAAACAAGCACAUGCAUAAUGCUGUGCAACUGUGAAAGCUCAAUGUCAGUAACCAAGCUAGCAUGAAGCCAGAAGAAGACGGGGCACGUGCGUGGGUCAACAUAAGUCACCCUAGUCAGGCAACAUCAGGGCACGCCAUAUCAACCAUCCGCUCUCAUAUCGGUAAAUACUACCGCAACCGAGCCACGCCAGAGCAGAGAGAGCAGUUGUUCAAAACGUCAAAAUGCUCACCGCAACAACAAAAACCCUGGGAGGCGGGGACAGUGUUGAGACUUGGCAAUCGUCACGGCACGUUCGGACCUGAACCCUGCCCAAAGGGGCAAAACGAUAGAGGUAUCAAGAAGCAAAAGGAUCGUCAAAUUGUAUUCUCUGCUGCAACGAACAAAGUUCCCAAAGGCGGAGCGAAGCAGAAGGGUAUCCAAACCCUCAGAAAAUUUUCUCCAGAUGAUGAAGACGCGAACAAGACGACUUCUCAAGAUGGAGCAUCAGGGCGAAAUGAUUUUACCAUGGUGGCCUUCGAAAUGACGUCCGAACACUUCUACGCAAUAUGCAAUGAACACCAAUCGCCUAAGCCAGUCCCUCUGCGAGGUGCCGAUGCCAUCGAUCCAUUCCGCACAUCUACACUCUCGAAACACCCAAACUCCUUUACACUUCUACGUUUCUACCAGGACUGGACACCCACGCAUCAGACCGACGUAGACUUGAACGACGAACUUCUGCUUUUGCCUCUGCUGGCGUAUAAUGCCACCCUGAUGACGACUCUGAAUCUGACAUCGGAGAAAGAUCCCACUGUGCACAAUCUCACAGGCCGUGCUCUACACCUUGUCCGCCGAUCUCUCCAGACUCCAUCCAGAAUACAAAUUUCUCCCAUCUCGAGUGGUUUGGCAUUCUUGAUGAUGUGUUCACUGUUCCAAGCCGAUCACGAGGCUGCGCAGGCUCACCUCAAAGGUCUCAAGGCACUACUUGGCCAUUUUGGCCAUUCCUUUGGUGAUCUGCCGUUGUCCGUCCAACAAAUGAUCAUAUACUGCGACAUCGCUGCUCGUGCGCCAACACUAAGCCGUCCAAUCUUUAAUACCGUCGUGCAGGAAUAUCAGGUCAAGGAAAGAACCGCACUUCCCGAUGGGCCAUUCCGUUUGGCGCGCGAUAGACUCAAAAAGCUGUCCCUGGCCUACAAAGAUGACUUGAGCCGACACAUUCUCGACCUGAUCAUGUUACUCCUGGACAAUUUUGACGAUGCGAUUGCUCGAAAUCUACGGGAAGAGACUUAUGCAGCACAAAUCAUGUACUACCGGGUGUACGUCUCGUUGGUGGACCUCGAUGAAAUUCGCUCAGUCCACUAUUACAUUAUCGAGUGGCGUAAGAAGCAGCUGCUUCAAAUACUGUGGAGGAUAGCCCUCCUUAUUCCCAUUCGACAUGAAUAUUCACCCCUAUUCGACCGAUCCAUUGAGAUGCUCGAGUCCGUCUUCGAGUUGGAGGAAGGAACGCAACAUGUCAGUGGCAAUACUCCUACCAAUCCAAACUCUCCACGUUCACGCCAGAAUGUUUCCAGGCGAUAUCCUCAUUUUCUCGGUCAUGACGAACCGUCAAAUAUGAAUGACCUGUUACUUGGUUAUGCGGACACGCAUGCAGAAAUGCUAAAAAUGGAAAAGGUUCCCAGCGGUAACGUCAGCCUGUCGCUGCGGAGGAAGGUGUACGGACCACUCUUCUUGUACAACCCGGUGACACCUAGGUCUUGAAAACGCAAUGGCAAUUGUUUUGUCGACCUAUGUGUACUAUAAUGUGGGACGUUGACAUUUGCGACAUUUGCGACAUUUGCAACUGGAAAGGAGCCAAAAGCAAGUAAUGAUUGGGGUUUUCUUUCAGUCUUUCCCCCUGUACUACUACCGUGUGCGUGAAUGAUAUACCUUUCGAGUUCUGUUCCGACUAGCACGUUCUCCGUAGCCUGCGGUGAACUUGA